AUGGCACCCCAUCCAGAGUGUCCUGCUACUCCUCCAAGGCGCCAUGUGGCCCGUUUCUCAAGUUUCGGCAAUAUGACUCCAAAAUCCUCUCGUUCUUCCCAUCGAAAGAACAGGUCCAUCGACUCAAAGUUUGAUACUUUUGCUUCUCCUCAUAAGUCACCUUUUUUGAGUCCACGAGUGACCAAAAAGAGCCAUAAGCAAUCAGGUGUAUCGGCUAAUCCCUUCACGGACGCGUCGGCUCCGUUUUUGCCCACGCCUCUGGCCACAUGCUCGUCUAGAAAGUCCACGCUAUUCUCUGAACUUAUUGAGCCAUCACGCAACUCCAGAUCGCUCACAGCGAGCCUCCAGGCACUAGCGAAUGAAAGUCAGGAUGCCAAUGUCUCCCCCCUGCACAAUUUUAUCAAGGUUCCCACUCUAAGGACACCGUCCCCUCGUCCCAAGUUGCGUUCUCGGCGUGAAUCGUCAUUCGACAGCGACGAUGACAUUCUAGUAAUGAGAGAGGAGGAUUUGAAGAAUAUCCCACGAAUGGAGUUGGAAAAUCCGUUUGUUGAGUCCACAUCUGCAAAGGAAGCGGAAAAGGGCUCAAAUGACAUUGAUUUUUCCACUCACAUGGAGCUCAUCAACCACCGCACAGGAAAGAAGAUGAUCCAACGCCUAACGGAGGAAGAGCAACGUUUCAAGCCCCGGAAAUUGGUGUUCACGCAGGUCGUGGAGCCUUCCGUCAACUACAACGUUGCUAAUAAGUUUCUUGAUAAGAACAUCGGUAAGAAUUUUACCAUUCAGGGAGACCUUGCUCCUUCGACGCUUGGGUUCAGUAUAUUCAGCGAUGACAAUGACGAAAAGUGA